AUGUCCGCCGGACGUUAUCCAAUGUCUAAACAUUUGAUUGGUCGGUUUAUGGACAAUGUCCGCCGGACAUUACCACCUUUGGACAUGGAUGCGGACGUCUGGUCCAGUCUGGUCCAUAUCCGUGUCUGUGUCUAU